CCUAAAUGCUCUCGUUAUUGUUAUUGGCUAGAUUGAGGUGUUAUUACCACGGAAUUAUAAUAAGUCCGUGGUUUUUCAAAGCAGAAUAUUACAUUUUGAUUCUAAUAUGUUGGACAUAUCCUUGUAACUGACCCCUAUGAUAGCGAUGUUGUUAUCAGAAACACAAGGUGGGCUCAUUUACUAUUACUUUAGAAGGGCAUAUCUAUGUCGAUCACCGUACGGAGCCGAUGGUUCCUCUGAAGGUAUGUUAGUUAGGAGUGAUAACACGCUUGAUAUGAUGGUAAAACCGCUGCCGGUCCUUGUCCUAUUCUUAUCUGUGGCCACUUGUCAGUUUCAUUCAAAUGGAAAGUCCGAUUAUGUUUCCGAUACCAUCAGUGCAUUCAAGCAUACAGUCACCGAACUCUCCCGUCAAAUCGAGGAUCUGAAACAGUUUCAGAAAAACGAAAUAGAAAUUGUCGCGAACCUGCAAGAAGCACUACGUUCUGUUAAAAUUGAAAACAAACAUUUGAAAGCAAGAGUUGCAUUCUUAGAAUCACGAUUGGCUGCUGACUUCGACGAAAGUAAUGAAGACCAGCAAAACAAAGACUAUUCGGGUAAUUCCCAUGAGAAUCGCCUGCCUGAAGAGAUCGAGCCCAACGUCACCAAUGCUGCUAGUGACAUCGUGAUAGGCCCUCCUGGAGCACCUCCACAUAGAAGUAAAAUGGCUCGUGUUGCAGGCACCAACAGGAAUGCUGUGGCAUUUUAUGCAUAUCUGUCUCACAAUGUUCCCAAUCCCGGUGCCGACUUUACUGUGAAGAAUGAUCAUCCAGUAACCAAUAUCGGUGGAGGCUACAAUCCGGUGUCAGGUAUAUUUACCUGUCCAAAAGCAGGAGUGUAUGUCUUCAGCUGGUCAGUCGGAAUCGGUACAAACGGAGAAAUCUACUCGGAGCUGGCGAAAAAUGGAGCAGCAGCUGGUUAUCUAUGGACCGGGGAACACACCUGGGCCGAAACAUCAGAGAAAACGUUGAUAUUGGAACUUACACAGGGUGAUAUUAUCACCAUCAAAGUAGAAAGAACUGGAAAUACUAGUCCUACAAUGUGGGGUUUGAGAACCUCGUUCUCCGGGUACUUAAUUCCAUACUAACAAACUGAUACAAAGGUUUUAAUCAAUAGUUUAAACUAUGAUAACCAUUAGUGUCGUGUUAUGAAAUUUAAAAAAAAAUGUUCAUAAAUUUAUCUUAAGAGUGCAGUGCAAUUUUUUCUUUGAUGUGUUUGUAAUGUUGUUUUUUUAAUAAAGG